CUAAGCACUGAAACAGGGUGUGGUCCUGAAACUAGCGAGGUCUGCAGUAGUGCCCUGGUGUUUAAAUUGACUGGCUGACUGACAGUCCCAUAGUUAGCUCUAUCUCUUGCUUAUUUUCCAUUUCUUAUCUGUAAAACUUUCAGCUCUUUUUGGAUUUUCUGUAAAAAGCAUAGACAUUUUAGGACAGCUGGAGGCUACCACCCACGGAAAAUAUCUCUGCAUGUAUCUGGUUUUCACCUGAUCCCCUCUCACUGCUGCUGCUGAUCUGUUUGAUUCUCUGGAUUGAGUGCUACCUGCUCUGGCUGUGUAGCUGCUUCUCUUACACACAGGAGUGAGUGCUGAGGACUCAACUGUGGUUUUAAUAGGACAACGAACAAGGAGUCACCAUGCUGCAAACAGCCAUAUCACUCUAUUCAAAAUUCAACAAUUUUAUAGAAUUGAGGACUGAUGACCGAAUCAAAGGGUAUCCCCUCAUGCAGGGCCCCAUAAAGAUGAACGUCAUCCUGUUGGCCUAUGUCUUCUUCUCGAUGUACGUUGGGCCUCGCCUAAUGGCAAACCGCAAGCCCCUCCGUCUCAACACAGCCAUGAUUGUCUACAACCUCAGCAUGAUUUUACUAAAUGCCUUCAUUGUGUAUGAGUUCAUGAUGUCUGGAUGGGGCACCACUUACACGUGGAAAUGUGACCUUGCUGACACCUCAACCACUCCGCAGGCUUUUCGGAUGAUUCGAGUGUGUUGGUUGUUUUAUAUUUCAAAAUACCUCGAACUCCUUGACACAGUAUUCUUUGUGCUGAGGAAGAAACAAAGCCAGAUCACAUUUCUCCACGUAUUCCAUCACUCCUUCAUGCCCUGGACGUGGUGGUGGGGCAUCACCCUGACUCCAGCUGCAGGAAUGGGCUGCUUUCAUGCCAUGGUGAAUGCAACAGUCCAUGUUAUCAUGUACUUCUACUACCUACUCUCUGCUGCAGGACCUCGCUUCCACAAAUACCUGUGGUGGAAGAAGUACAUGACCGCCAUUCAGCUUACACAGUUUGUUAUCGUCUCAGUUCACAUCAGCCAGUACUACUUCAUGGAAACGUGUGACUACCAGAUUCCCAUGUGUAUCCACCUGGUUUGGAUGUAUGGCAUCUUCUUCUUCCUCCUCUUCUCCAACUUUUGGAUACAGGCCUACAUAAAGGGAAAGCGGCUUCCUGCCGCAGAGGACAAGCCAAAACAGAACGGCUCAAUCCGUGAACCGAUCACUGCGGUGGCCAAUGGGAAACACCUGGAGAAUGGGAAUGGCCACCACCACACCAACGGCAAAAUCCUCAUGGUCAAAGUAAAGGACAUCUGACAUAGUGACUCUGGAAAUGAGGAGGCAUACAAGAAGUCUUCAUAGAGCUACCUUGAAAGUGUCAUUCAGCUUUCAUAUCUAGUAGCAUAUUGGAAUGGUGCAAAUUUCAAUGUUACUUUAUAUUUUCUAUACAAAUCUAGUCUUUCUUAUGCACAUUUGUGUUGAUGGUGAUCUCUACUUGCCACAUUGUGUGUGUUAGUUGUUGUGAAAACUAUUAACUGUGAUGAACACUGUAUGAAGAUUGGUGCUCAUUUUGUCACUGAUGGUAUUCUUCAACUCAGGCUUGGCCCGCACAAGCUUGACCUACACUGUUUGGCUGGCACGUUGUUGCUUGGGAGGAGCGCACAGUUGCCACUGAAGACCAGCGCAUAUAAAUAACUGCUACAAAGCUUUUGUUGUAAAUGUCAAAUAUUUAGUUCUGUUUUUAUUUAUCUUUUGAAAUAAAAUAAUUUUUUUUUAGAUAAAGGUCUGUGUCAUUUUGGAAGCAGUUAUGGUGUGCUUUUUUUUAACAUACCACACCUCAAUUUUAAGAAUUGUGGAAAAUAAAUGUUAUACUGUAUAUUACAGUAUUUGUGCAUUUAGCAAUUUUGCAUAGUCAAUGGUACUAAUCAUUGAGUUUUGCAUCAUUGUAUAGUCUAUAAGCACUAUUCAUGUAGUUGAAACGUUCCAUUAAAUUUGAACAAGAUUUUUAUAAAAGUGCUGUUUCUGAAUAUCACU